AUGGCCUCCGCCACGGAGGACCCCGUUCUGGAGCGUUAUUUUAAAGGACACAAAGCUGCAAUCACUUCUGUGGACUUCAGCCCCAACGGCAAACAACUUGCUACUGCUUCUUGGGACACCUUUCUCAUGCUAUGGAAUUUCAAGCCACAAGCUAGAGCUUACAGAUAUGUGGGUCACAAGGAUGUAGUAACCAGCGUGCAGUUUUCUCCACAUGGAAACUUAUUGGCAUCUGCCUCACGAGACAGAACCGUUAGACUCUGGAUUCCUGAUAAGAGAGAGAAAUCCUCAGAAUUUAAAGCUCAUACAGCUCCAGUUCGAAGUGUGGACUUUUCAGCUGACGGCCAGUUUUUAGCUACGGCUUCUGAAGACAAAUCUAUCAAAGUAUGGAACAUGUAUCGCCAGCGCUUUUUAUAUUCCUUGUACAGACACACACACUGGGUACGCUGUGCCAAAUUUUCACCUGAUGGAAGAUUAAUUGUUUCAUGUAGUGAGGAUAAAACUAUUAAAAUUUGGGAUACCACAAAUAAGCAGUGUGUUAAUAACUUCUCAGAUUCUGUAGGAUUUGCAAAUUUUGUGGAUUUUAACCCUAAUGGUACAUGCAUAGCUUCAGCAGGUUCUGAUCAAACUGUGAAAAUCUGGGAUAUAAGAGUGAAUAAAUUACUCCAGCAUUAUCAAGCAUUAGUUGUGGGACCUGUCUUUACUGUUUCAUUUUCAAAAGGUGGAGAGCUAUUUACAUCAGGAGGUGCAGACGCACAGGUCUUAUUAUGGAGGACUAACUUUGAUGAAUUGCCUAGUAAAGCUCUAAAUAAAAGAAAUCUCAAAAGAUUACAUUUUGAUUCACCACCACAUCUUCUUGAUAUCUACCCAAGAACCCCACAUCCCCAUGAGGGAAAGAUUGAGACUGUUGAAAUUAAUCCAAAGCUUGAGGUAAUCGAUUUGCAGAGCUCUACUCCCCCUGUUGUGGAUAUCUUUUCUUUUGCUUCUACCACAACUACGGAAACCACUGGUAGAACUCUGCCAGACAAGAGUGAGGAGAUCUGCAGAUAUUUCUUGAACCCUUCCUUAAUGUCACCGGAAUGUUCACCAAAAACAACAAAAAAGAAAACAGAAGACAUGAGUGACCUCCCCUCUGAGAGUCAAAGAAGCAUACCACUUGCUGUGACUGAUGCUUUAGAGCAUAUUAUGGAGCAGCUCAAUGUUUUGACACAGACUGUUUCAAUCUUGGAGCAGCGACUGACUUUGACAGAGGAUAAACUGAAAGACUGUCUUGAAAACCAGCAAAAGCUUUUCAAUGCUGUCCAACAGAAAAGUUGAAUAGAAAAGUAUGAGCAGAGGCACGAUAAAAUGAACACAUGUACAUAGACUCGGGAAGGUAGUACAAGAUGCUCCGUGCAACACAACCACGCGCUCGUUAUCAUGGCAUUUCUUAAAAGGGUGAGCAAUAGAACAAAAGGCAGAAAAGGCAUAUCUGAGGACUAAUUUAAACACACAAAUCAAUGUCAAGGACUAAUUUAAAUCACUACUAUUUAUGAUUGCAGUAAUAAAAUGAUAAGCACUCAAGUGACUAUAUUUUUUCCCAUAUUAUUUUAAAUGUCAGUUUUCGUUUAUAGCCAAAUCCUGCCAGGAAAGUAACCAAAUCUCUGGAUUUCACUGUUAAAUCAUUUCAGAUUGACCAUGUUCAAGAAAUUCUUUAAAGCAAUUCAUGUAUUUCUUUAAUGAAUACACCCUUGGGAUGAAAUAAUUCAUUUACCUCUAAAACAGCAUGCUGUAGGCAGAGAAUGAAUUGUUGAUCUGACUUGUUAUAUUUCUUUCAGUUCAAGAAAACCUGUCCUUUCUUACUAAUGCCUUGAAAAGAUGAUCUAAUAAAAAUCCCCAGACCACAGAAUUUCCACAGCAAGAAUACAUUUAUUUUAAUUAGCAAUAGAACAUAGGUAACAUAGGGCAGUGGGGUUUUAUUUAAUUUAUGGUGUACGUUGUUUAUCCUUUAGCCAGCCUGAAGGAAAAUGAAGAGUUAGAAGCAUGCAGAGCAUGCCGAUCUUUUCUAUCCUAGAUGAAUGCACUUGGUGGUUUGGAUUGUAUCCAAAUCUGUGAUCACAGUACACAAAAAUUAUGUUAGUGUGAUUUCAAUAUCCUAAAAGGCUGGAACGAUGCAACAGCAAUAUUUAAAUAUACACACAUAUAUGUACACAUGCUUCAGACAU